AUGCCAACAAUACCAGAAAUAGCCACACAAUUGAUUGAUAAAAGCUUAUCAAAUGUUAACGAGAACAACUCAAGAACUGUUUUCCUUGUCGGAAGUAAAUCCGUGGGGAAAUCUUCUUUACUACAUUACUUUCUUGAUAAAAGCGAUCAGCCACGGGAAACUUUAGUGGUAGAGUAUUCAUUCGCAAGGAAAUCAAAUCAAAAACAAGGAAUUGAUAAAGCUUUGUGCCAUGUUUGGGAAUAUGGUGGCAAAUUGGAAGCACUAAACAAUGUGCUGGCAUCAAUUCCUGUUCGCGGUCAAUUCUUUUUCUGUAUUAUGGUAGAUUUAAGUAAAAUUAAAACUAUAUGGGACACUUUAGAAACUUGUGUUCAGACGAUGAAAGACAUUACAUAUGUUACAUCGGAAAGUAAACCAGAACUGAUUGUAAUUGGAGGAAAAUACGACAAUUUUAAAAAUUAUGAUAGUGAAAUUAAGAAAAUCAUCUGCAUGACGAUAAGAAGCUUUGUGCUGCUUAAUAAUGCCCAUUUGUUAUUCUACUCAUUAAAGGAGCCACAGUUACUGAGACGCGCAAAAGAUAUGCUGUUCAAUGUAGGCUUUGGAAAUGGAAUUCCUGUCAAGGAAAAAAAUACUAACUUUACAAAGCCAUUAUUUAUACCUCAAGGCUCAGAUACUUGGGAAAGCCUUGGAGUACCUCCUUCAACCAUGGAACAGGUGAAGAUGCGUCAUCUAUCACGGAUACCAUCGAACGAGACAAAUAUCGAAAAUACUCCUGUAGCGACUCAGCAACAUGCACAUCCCGAAACCUCUUUAGAUUCACUACUGGCUUCCAAGUACAAUGAACUACGCAACAUGGAAUCACUGGAUAUUUCUAUAGAUUAUUUGUUAUCACUCAAUAAAUAA